CCCCUGGCCCUUUAUAAAGCCAUUCUCCUUUCCCUGCAGGUGGGGGAAGGCGAUGGGGAGGGAGCAGGAUAUACACCUGGGAGAAGCCACGCCCUUCUCUGGGCGGGGCUUCCUGAGAUCCACGCCUCCUCAUUCUUGCGAGGCCUAUCCCGGAUGCGCUCUUUCCCCUGUCCAAACCCGGGGUCACCAUGGGCAGCAAGAUGGCGGCCGCCACUCGGGUCGCUCAGGUAGUAAAGCCACAUACACCCUUGAUUAAGUUUCCUGACAGAAAAAAUAUUCCCAAACUUAAAAUGCAGGAAUCUGUCGAGCCAAGGGUGCCUCCACUUCAUCCUUCAACCUCACAGCAGUCCAUAGGAAGUGGGCCGCCAUCCUAUCAAAAUAUUUCAUCGAUUAGUAGAGCACAAGGCACACCAGACACUUCAGAACUAUUACGAACAUUUCCUACAAAAUAUCGGAGGAAAACUAUGUCAGUUGAAGAGAUGGAAUACAUCCAACGUGGAGGUCCAGAAUAACACAGAAGAUGAGACUGUUAGCUUCUGGUGAACAACCAAUUAUUGUAUUCACAAUAAAGGCCUUCAUAAUUCUUUGAAUGUUAUAAACGUCUUUAGGCAAAUAACUUUGUUAAAGGCCUUAUUUAUGAGGAACGCAAAGGUGUAAAUGCCUGAAACAAUGUAAAUAUCCCAAAUAAGAGGACAGUUCUUGCUGAGUAUAUUUCUACUUUAUUGCCACCAUAUUAUUAAAAUUUAUUUUAUUAAUAUG